AUGGCAGAAUUUAAUAAUAAUUCCAGUACAACAUCUGAUCAAGAGGAUAGUACAGAUACACAACAGUUUGAUUAUCUCAAUCAAUUUGAUGAUAUUCAUACGGAUUAUACAUUGAACAAUAAUGAUAUUACUGAAUUGAUGGAAGAUAUUGAUUUUGACAAUGUUUAUUCUAUGGAACAAGAAACAAAUGAAUAUGAAACAGAUCAAUUCAAUAUUAUGCAUAAUACAGAUGAUGAUGAUGAUGAUGAUGAUAAUGGCACUACUGACAAGUCGGUUACUUUAAAUCCAGCAGAAGAACAAACAAUAUCAGAAAAACUUAAUCAAUUAUCUACAACAAUAGUCAAUACGAAAAAAUCAAUGGCAUUAAAAUAUAUGAAAGAUGAGAUUGAGAAAAUUCCAGAUUAUUUAAUGAAACGAAAUAAAGUUUUUAAACAAAUGAUCUAUGAAACACUGUCAACAAGGUCAAUACCAACAUCAACUAAUAAUAUGGAAGACUUGAGGAAAAUAGCUAUUCUAAUCUAUAAAAUUAUGGUCAUUCAAACGUAUCAACUUUUAUGGGCUGCCUAUUUAAAAUCAGGUAUGGGACAAUUAAUUAUUCCAUCUAAAACACAACGAUCCUACUCAACAAUUUUACCAAUAUGGCCAAAAGAAAUUAAAAUAUUAUUCCAAUCAGACAAACAUAAAAAUGAAAAUGAAACUUAUUUUAAUUUUAUUAAUGGACAAUUACACGAAUUAGAUGAUCAAUUAAAACGAAAUCAAAAGGAAUUAAAUAUAAAAGCUAAUCAUUUUCAAGAUUAUACAUUGUCAAUUCAAAAGAUAAUUGAAACAUAUAUUGAACAACAUCUUCAUUGUUUACGUAUGGAAAUUGAACACAAAAUAGAACUUGUUCAAUAUGAUUAUCAUAUUCAUGUAUUAAAACUAGAAUUUCUUCGACAAAAGCCAAAUACUUUUCAAAAACAAUUAAUGCAAGAACUUUGUCAUAGUAAAUAUGAACAAGAAACAACAGAACAAGAAGUUAGUUUACUUAAACAACAAGUUACUUAUUAUUCCUCAUCAAGCCAAUCAUUUGAAUGUUCACCAAUCGCUCAUAAUCCAUUAAUUGAUUCUAUUCAAAAUCCAGACAUUCGACAACAAUUAUUUCAACAAUAUAAAGACGUUGCUAAACAAUCUAGAGCAAACAUAUUCGCUCUCUAUAUGAAGACAGCGGAAGAACAACGAGACGAAUACAGAAAUAAGCAUGAAAUUAAUUUGAAGAAAAUGUGGGAUGCAUAUAAUUCAACUUCUGAUAAUGAUAAAAUAUCUUCAACAAUGCUUAAUCUUAUGCAUCAACGUUGUAUGAAAAUUAGUGGACGUAUUAAAUCUAUUUACAAACUCAAAGCUCAAUCUAUUGUUUCAAAUUCUAAAUCAUAA